AUGGAGAGUAACCUGUCUGGCUUGGUGCCUGCUGCUGGGCUGGUACCUGCGCUGCCGCCCGCCGUGACCCUGGGGCUGACUGCGGCCUACACCACCCUGUACGCCCUGCUCUUCUUCUCCGUCUAUGCCCAGCUCUGGCUGGUGCUCCUGUAUGGGCACAAGCGUCUCAGCUAUCAGACGGUGUUCCUGGCGCUCUGUCUGCUCUGGGCUGCCCUGCGUACCACCCUCUUCUCCUUCUACUUUCGAGACACACCCCGAGCCAACCAUCUGGGGCCCCUGCCCUUUUGGCUUCUCUACUGCUGUCCUGUCUGCCUGCAGUUCUUCACACUGACGCUCAUGAACCUCUACUUUGCUCAGGUGGUGUUCAAAGCCAAGGCAAAGCGUCGGCCAGAGAUGAGCCGAGGCUUGCUGGCUGUCCGAGGGGCCUUCGUGGGGGCCUCGCUGCUCUUUCUGCUGGUGAAUGUGCUGUGCGCGGUGCUGUCCCGCCGGCGCCGGGCACAGCCCUGGGCCCUCCUGCUGGUGCGUGUCCUGGUGAGCGACUCCCUGUUUGUUAUCUGCGCACUCUCUCUUGCCGCCUGCCUCUGCCUUGUGGCCCGGCGGGCCCCCUCCACCAGCAUCUACCUGGAGGCCAAGGGGACCAGUGUGUGCCAGGCAGCUGCAAUGGGUGGCGCCAUGGUCCUGCUGUAUGCCAGCCGGGCCUGCUACAACCUGGCGGCCCUGGCCUUGGCCCCCCGGAGCCGGCUGGACACCUUCGAUUACGACUGGUACAAUGUCUCUGAUCAGGCGGACCUGGUGAAUGACCUGGGGAACAAAGGCUACCUGGUGUUUGGCCUCAUUCUCUUUGUAUGGGAGCUGCUGCCCACCACCCUACUGGUGGGCUUCUUCCGGGUGCAUCGGCCCCCACAGGACCUGAGCACCAGCCGCAUCCUCAAUGGGCAGGUCUUUGGCUCGCGUUCCUACUUCUUCGACCGAGCACACUGCGAGGAUGAGGGCUGCUCUUGGGAGCAUAGCCGGGGCGAGAGCACCAGCAUGUCAGGUAGCCUAGGCUCCAGCAGCUGGUAUGGCACCAUCGGGCGGGAACCAGGCUGGUGCGGAGGCAGCCAGACUCGGACCACGCCCCUGCUCUUCUCCCAGGUUCUGGGACCAGGCGGCCACCACCACAGUCUCUACUCCACCCCACAGACGUGA